UGCCAAACACAUUGCUCACUAUCCUGAACAGCAACAUCAUAUUCACUUGGCAGAAUGCCUGCAAUUCUCGAAAACAAACCAAUUUUUGUGGCAAUUUUGUUAGUGGGAAUCUGGACAUCUCAAACCUCGUCACGCUCGCUCAAGGAUGCGUCCAUGACUGAGAAGCAUGAAAUGUGGAUGGCUAAGUAUGGACGUGUUUAUAAAGACAACGCAGAGAAGGAAAGACGUUUUAAUAUAUUCGAGGAGAAUGUGAAAUUCAUUGAAUCCUUCAACAAUGCUGGGAAUAAGCCUUACAAGCUAGACAUCAAUGAAUUUGCAGACCUAGCUAAUGAAGAGUUCAGAGCUUCUAGAAAUGGAUACAAAAGGUCUGCCAUUCUUAAAUCAUCAACAUCUUCUUUUAGGUAUGAAAAUGUCACUGCAGUGCCAACCUCCAUUGAUUGGAGGAAUAAAGGAGCCGUUACCCCCAUCAAGGACCAAGGCCAAUGUGGAUGUUGCUGGGCCUUUUCUGCUGUGGCAGCCAUGGAAGGGAUUACAAAGCUUUCAACAGGGAAGUUGAUCUCUCUUUCAGAGCAAGAACUAGUUGAUUGUGACACAAAUGGUGAAGAUCAAGGCUGCGAAGGUGGGCUUAUGGAUGAUGCAUUUGAAUUCAUAAUAAAAAAUGGAGGCCUAACUACUGAAGCCAAUUACCCCUACAAAGGACAGGAUGACACUUGCAACACAGGGAAGGCAUCUAAUCAUGCAGCCAAAAUUACUGGUUAUGAAGAUGUGCCGGCCAAUAGCGAAGAGGCACUAAAGAAGGCAGUAGCUAACCAUCCAGUUUCCGUUGCCAUUGAUGCCGGUGGAUCUGCCUUCCAGUUCUACUCAAAUGGGAUCUUUACAGGAGAAUGCGGAACUGAAUUAGACCAUGGUGUUACUGCAGUGGGGUAUGGGACAAGUGAUGAUGGUACAAAGUAUUGGCUGGUGAAGAACUCAUGGGGAACUUCUUGGGGUGAGGAUGGAUACAUAAGAAUGGAAAGAGACAUUGAUGCUAAGGAAGGCCUUUGUGGAAUAGCCAUGGAGCCUUCCUAUCCAACUGCAUAAAUGGCAGCAAAGUAUAAUUGCUGUACAUUAAAAAUCAAAUUCUCCAAACAUAUACGCUAUAUAGAGUGCUACCAUUUCAUUCUGUAAACUCAUGUAUUGCACUUGCUCACAGUAUGUAAAGAGUUGAAGACUUGAUAAAACGAUGUUGCAAAUAUCAUAAGGCUUCUCAUAUGGAACUAA